GCGCGGAUCCGUCAGGCUGCCGGGCUGCUUGGCUUGGGUGUCGGGACAGUGAAGGUAGCGCUGCCUGUCCCGGGCGGCUGCUUCCCUCUCUCUAACUGCCCACAGUCAGGGUGGUUCGCCCAGGGCGCAAGGACCCCUCAGCUUGGGCUUGCUUAGCGAAGACGCGGCACCCCCGGCGCUCCGGACCCGGGCGUCCCGGACUGCUCCUCCUUGUCGCUGGGGAACCGCCGGGUUGAGCAGUUGGGAGAAGCAGGCCAGAGCCUUCUAGGGCCUCGGGCCCGGGGCCCCGGGGAGGAUGAGCUGGCUCUUUCCCCUGACCAAGAGCGCCUCCUCCUCCGCAGCGGGGUCCCCCGGUGGCCUCACCAGCCUCCAGCAGCAGAAGCAGCGCCUCAUAGAGUCCCUCCGGAAUUCACACUCCAGUAUAGCUGAAAUACAGAAAGAUGUGGAAUACAGGUUGCCAUUCACCGUAAACAACCUGACAAUUAACAUUAAUAUAUUGCUCCCUCCACAAUUUCCUCAGGAAAAACCAGUGAUCAGUGUUUAUCCACCAAUACGACAUCACUUAAUGGAUAAACAAGGGGUCUAUGUUACCUCUCCAUUAGUAAACAAUUUUACAAUGCACUCAGAUCUUGGAAAAAUUAUUCAGAGUCUAUUGGAUGAGUUUUGGAAGAAUCCUCCAGUUUUAGCUCCUUCUUCAACAGCAUUUCCAUACCUAUACAGUAAUCCAAGUGGGAUGCCUCCUUAUGCAUCUCAGGGUUUUCCAUUUCUUCCUUCGUAUCCGCCACAGGAAGCUAACAGGACUAUCACUCCUUUGUCUGUUGCUGACACUAUUUCUUCUUCAACAACAAGUUACACAACAGCCAAACCCGCUGCUCCUUCUUUUGGCAUCCUUUCAAAUCUGCCAUUACCUGUUCCCACAACAGACACUUCAGCACCGAUAAGCCAAAAUGGUUUUGGUUACAAGAUGCCAGACGUCCCUGAUGCGUUUCCAGAACUCUCAGAACUAAGUGUCUCACAGCUUACAGAUAUGAAUGAGCAAGAGGAGAUAUUACUAGAACAAUUUCUGACUUUGCCUCAACUAAAACAAAUUAUUACCGACAAGGAUGACUUAGUAAAAAGUAUUGAAGAGCUAGCAAGAAAAAAUCUUCUUUUGGAGCCCAGCUUGGAAGCCAAAAGGCAAACUGUUUUAGAUAAGUAUGAGUUGCUUACACAACUGAAAUCUACUUUUGAAAAGAAGAUGCAAAGGCAGCAUGAACUUAGUGAGAGCUGUAGUGCGAGUGCCCUGCAGGCAAGAUUGAAAGUAGCAGCUCUUGAAGCUGAGGAAGAAUCUGAUAAUAUUGCUGAAGAUUUCUUAGAGGGAAAAACUGAAAUAGAUGAUUUUCUCAGUAGCUUCAUGGAAAAGAGAACAAUCUGCCACUGUAGAAGAGCCAAGGAAGAGAAACUGCAGCAAGCACUCGCGGCACACAGCCAGCUUCACGCUCCCCUCUAGAUUUUCCUGAAAACAUAACCUGCCAAGACAGAAAUGACACAAGACUAAGCACAUUUAUAUGUAUGAUUUGCAAAUUGGCAUUUCAUCACAGUGGCUGAAUUCAUGGAUACCCUGUCCAGAUUGUACACAGAACUGAGACUGAUUUUGUAUACAUGAGAAUGAUUGCUGUGGUCUUUGCUUUGAGAAAUUUUUCUGCACGAUUUGCACUAUAAAUGUUUAUUUAUUGUGGAUAAAUCCUAUCAUAUUUGAGUUUCACUGCUGGUCCUCUGUUAUUAUUAAGUACCUAUGCAUGUGAUUUUAGCUAGUAUCCAUAUUUUAUGAAGUUGCUUUAUUUGAAUUUAUAUUUUUAAUUUGAAACUGUCUCAUUUGUCAAGAAUGGUUUUAGAUAUUGUUCCUCUCAACCUUUUUGAAAAAUUACUAUUUUCAACUGUAGAAAGCCUUAUUUUUCCUUCUCUCCAGAUGAUAAAAUUUUCAAAAAAAAAUUUGUUUUUAAAUAUUCAUAGUGUCAGGAAACACCAUUCCCUACAAAUGUGUCAUCUCAAAACGGUAACUUUUAAUAACAGUAAAUCAAAAGAAUACAUCAGCUGCUGAUACAUGAUUUAAUUUUUAAAAUUAAAGAUACAUUUAAGAAGCAAUACAGGUAAAUAAAUAUUUACCUAAUAGAAAAAGAUUGCCCUGUGCUUCAUCUCGUUCAACAACGUUUCAUACUAAUUUUGUUACAUAAAUAUCUGAUAGGUAUGUGAUUGAAUAAUAAUAUACUUUCUAAAUUCCUAAUGUUAAAAACAAUCUUGUUAACAAAUAGUAAUUCUAGAUACAGAGGUCAAUGAAUUUUUUUGAUCUUUACUGUGAGUUAGCUUUUCACAGAGAACAGCGCUAGUAAUAAAAUUAAUAUUUAACUUUUAGGCAAUCUAGUUUUUAUUUAAUUUUAUUGAAUUUUCUUUUUAAAUUGUGUUAUGUUCAGCAAUUUGCUUCUAUACAAUGUUAUAGAAUGAAUACAUAGGUAGCUGUAAAAGCUAAUAAAGGAGAAAAUCUUUAACUAUAUGUAUCUGAGGCUUUGGUAAGGGUAUCUAAAUCACAAAACAACCUAAUGCAUAUUUUUGUUUAAAUUUCAUCCCAAUAUGUAUUGUCAUUCCAAACGCCAGCACUUGGUACAGGUUUUUUUUUUUCUUCAUUCUUUUUCUUUCCCUACAUGUUCUUGGCAAUGGAACUUUAGAAAAAACAAAAUUAUUUUCUUAGACUUGAAAAAUACUUAAUACUUAGUCUGUGUUUGUGGAAAAGCAAGUAUUCAUAUGGACUAUAAAUAUAUAAUUGGAAUAAAUUAGCUUUCAUUAAC